ACCUUCCCAGGGUCCUCUUCGGGGAGAAAAGAGCUUCUGAGGGACUUCUGGGGAUGGGAGCGGAGUGGGUGGGGGUGUUUCCUUCCUGAUCGGAGUUUGGGAAAAGGGACUGACACUAUGGCACUCUGCCUGUUACUGAGACCGCUACCCAGUCCCUCCCCGUAAAACUCUGCUCUCCCUUUAUGACCACACGAGGGUCACGUGCUUCGUUGGGGGCCGCGGUACAGCCUGGAGUCACGAUGCCCUCCGCCGCGCUGGCCGGGACCAGGUGUGUCCCCGCCAGCCCCAGUGGCUGCGCCCGGGUCCUGUGCAAACACUGCGGUAGGGUCCGCCUCGGACGCCCAGCCCGGCCUCCCGGCCGCCCUGCCCAUUGGCUGAAGACAGCCCCCCUGAAUUCUCAUUGGCUGUCCCACUUUUCCCUCCACCCCCAGCACCGACCGCGCGCGGCUAGCCGCGGGGGAAGCGACUCUGAGUCCCGGGCUCGGAGCGCAGGCUCAGCUCCGCGCUGCGAGCGCUACGGGCGCAGGGGCGGGGAGCCGGCCCGGAGCGCAGUUUCCAGUGGGGCCGGGAUUUCACCCGGGCACUCUCUGUUUGAACCGAACCCGACAAAUGGGCGCAUGACGAUGGAGAGCAGAGAAAUGGACUGCUAUCUCCGUCGCCUCAAACAGGAGCUGAUGUCCAUGAAGGAGGUGGGUGAUGGCUUACAGGAUCAGAUGAACUGCAUGAUGGGUGCACUGCAAGAACUGAAGCUCCUCCAGGUGCAGACAGCACUGGAACAGCUGGAGAUCUCUGGAGGGGGUCCUGUGCCAGGCAGCCCUGAAGGUCCCAGGACCCAGUGCGAGCACCCUUGUUGGGAGGGUGGCAGAGGUCCUGCCAGGCCCACAGUCUGUUCCCCCUCCAGUCAACCUUCCCUUGGCAGCAGCACCAAGUUUCCAUCCCAUAGGAGUGUCUGUGGAAGGGAUUUAGCCCCCUUGCCCAGGACACAGCCACAUCAAAGCUGUGCUCAGCAGGGGCCAGAGCGAGUGGAACCGGAUGACUGGACCUCCACGUUGAUGUCCCGGGGCCGGAAUCGACAGCCUCUGGUGUUAGGGGACAACGUUUUUGCAGACCUGGUGGGCAAUUGGCUAGACUUGCCAGAACUGGAGAAGGGUGGGGAGAAGGGUGAGACUGGGGGGGCACGUGAACCCAAAGGAGAGAAAGGCCAGCCCCAGGAGCUGGGCCGCAGAUUUGCCCUGACAGCAAACAUCUUUAAGAAGUUCUUGCGUAGUGUGCGGCCUGACCGUGACCGGCUGCUGAAGGAGAAGCCAGGCUGGGUGACACCCAUGGUCCCUGAGUCCCGAACCGGCCGCUCACAGAAGGUCAAGAAGCGGAGCCUUUCCAAGGGCUCUGGACAUUUCCCCUUCCCAGGCACCGGGGAGCACAGGCGAGGGGAGAAUCCCCCCACAAGCUGCCCUAAGGCCCUGGAGCACUCACCCUCAGGAUUUGAUAUUAACACAGCUGUUUGGGUCUGAAUCCUAGAGACAGAAAGUUGACUGAGCCUGAAAGGGCCAGGUCCCAGUGCUGGGCCCCUGGGGAGGAGGGAGGGCGGGCGGUAUGGCUCUCGAAAGCCCAACUCCAAGUUCCUUUCCCCCAGAAAGCGGGGAGAAGCCAGAGUUCUUGGCUCAGGACUGAAGGGAAGGUGGUUGGGAGAGGCUGUCUUGGGGGCUAGCUGGUGGAGGAGGUAAGAGUAGCUGGAGAGUGAGCUGUGCGUGUGUGUGUGUGUGUGCAUGUGUGUGUCUGGCAUGCACGCACUCACUUUGGGGCUGGAGGUGACAGUAGAUGAGGGCAGAGGAGGAGAUCAGAAAAUCCCUCUGACAUCUCCACUGCCCCCAAAGACCUCCGUUGAACAUUCUGUAUGGAAAAGAGCCCUGGAGCAUCAGGUUCCCCAGAUAGGCCCCCAAAUAAAGACCUGUCUAUGGCUCUCCCAACCUUCUGUCAGCUUCUUUGGGAAGACAUUGCUCCAGGCACAGGGACUGAACCCCAGGCCUCCUGGGACUGGAGCAGCAGUGAGGCAAAACCCGACCCGCUAGCCCUUCCUGCCUUGGAGGUUUCAGUCCAUACCUGGACUCUGAGAAAAUGAGCUGAAUAAGGAGUACAGUGUGUAAGGAGCAGCCAGGGAAGCCCUAGACACUCCCCGCGCCUCCCCCAUGCACAGGGGAAGGAUGUUGACAUAGCACUGGGCUGUUUGAAUGCCUUUUCAUCUCCAUGGUCUCAUUUGAAAGUGAGCGAGGCAGGCAGGCAUGAUCCCAUUUUCCAGAUAAGGAAACAAGCCUAGAUAUGCUACAUGUCCAGGAACAACUGCAGCCAGGAGGCAGAACAGCCUAGGUCUAACUGCAGAGUAGAAGCUGGACCCUGGAGUUACCAACACUCCUCCCCAACAGUUCUUAGCGCCCCGCAGGCCGGGCGCUGUGGCUCACGCCUGUAAUCCCAGCACUUUGGGAGGGCAAGGCAGGCGGAUUACCUGGGGUCAGGAGUUCAUGACCAGCCUGCCCAACAUGGUGAAACCCCGUCUCUACUAAAAAAAAAACGUAAAAAUUAGCCGGGCGUGGUGGCACACGCCUGUAAACCCAGCUACUUGGGAGGCUGCGGCAGGAGAAUUGCUUGAGCCCGGGAGAGGGAGGUUGCAGUGAGCCGAGAUCAUGCCACUGCACUCCAGCCUGGCUGACAGAGCAAGACUCUGUCUAAAAAAAUAUUUAAAAAAAACAGUUCUUAGGGCCCCAUACCCCACAACCCCUGUCUCAAAAAAAAUAAAAAAAACAGUUCUUAGGGCCCCAUACCCCACAACCCCUGUCUCCUGCACUUAACUCCCACCUGGGUCAGAGAACAGCCAAUUCACCAGUGAGGUAGAAGUGAACCCAGAAGAAAUAGCCACUUGAUUUUAAAAUUCCUAGCUCCAUUCCGUGGUCUCCUCCCCACUAGACACAGCAGUCCCAGGCCUCCUGUUCCCUCCUCACCUAGAGGCAGCCGGGACGGAGGGGGAAGGGCCAGGCAGCAGCUCAGCUCCGGCUUCUCUAAAGCCACUCUGGGCAUGUGGCCCAGGAGGGCCACCUAGCGAUCCAGGGCCCCCCCGAGGACUGCCCUGGGAAGCCACUGUCCCUCCCACUCCAGUAGGGAACACUCACUGGCUGGGAAAAGACAAUGUGGAUCUUCUUUUGGGCUGACCAAGCCAGGAGGGCACACCCUCCCACUGCCCCUCUCUGCCUCCCACUGAUUGUCCCUCAGCCUGAUGGGGUGUGACAGCUGCAAUUAGAGGCAGGAUUCCUUCCCACCCUCAAAGCAUUAAUAGCCAGUUGGAGAGGCAAAAUAGUAAGAAAAGGCUCUUCUGCUUGCUUCCUGGAUCCCUGGGGAGAGUGGAGAGAGGGGCAGAGCUCAAGAUGGGAUUAUGGGGGCGCAGCCGCAGUGCUUAGGGUCACUCUCAAAUCCUACCCAGUCAAAUGGUAAGAUGUUUCAUUUUUGGUGGGGGAGCUGCAGGAGGGAGGAAGGCGCUCAUGCUUUUUGGGUUUUGUUGAGCACUCACUGUCUGUCAGGUAAUGUGCACAUCUCUCAUACUUAGAAGGACCCUAGAAGGCAUUGUUCUCCAGACACAUCUAUGGAGGUUAUUAGGCGGCAUGUAAACUGCCCCGAUUAGGCUGCUAGCAAAGGAAAGGACAGAGAUUUGAACAGAGGGUUGGGUUAUCUGGCUCCAAAACCCCUGUCCUUUUCUUGCUAUUUCUCUACCUGGAGUUUGCCAACUGAGCAAGCCCACUCUGGUGGAGCCAGCCAUUGCAAAUCCUUUGUGUCUUCCCAGAGAAUACCAACAUUUCAGUUUUGAGUGAGGGAACGUUGGCUCUGCCUGCCUUUGGAGGUGGAGAUGGUGGAGGUGGUGGUGGUGGUGGUGGUGGUGGUAGUGGUGGUGGUGUGUGUGUGUGUGUGUGUGUGUGCCUGCGCGUGCUAAGAAACUGCAUGUUAAGAUUCCACCUACUGAAUCAUGAGCGGAGGAAGUCGUGGGACGCUGGCUGGUGGAGAAGCCAUCUAGCAUAUUAUUCAAGAUGACACCAGCUCCAAGUCUGGAAUGAGUCUGUGGGAAACCAAGGUACUUCUUGGACAUUCACCUAUAACUCACCUGUUUCAUGGACUGGUCACAGUGGUUCGGAUAAAUUGAACAGAACUUUAUGAACACCUCCCAGCACCAGGUGUUGUUAUAGAAACUAAGAACAGAGCAAUGAGAAGGACCCAACUCCUGCUCUCAAAUGGAUGCAGUGGAAAAUAAGCAGACUUUGAACCAUUGGUUAGUCAGAAGAGACUUGGGAGACUGAAAACUUGUUUCAACUUGGGCCAGAACAAAAAAUUAGGAAGCAACACUUGCUGCCAACAUGAUUUACAAGUGCCAGCACCUUCACCUCUGUUACUUCCUUCUCACUACACACUGAAAGCAGUUGCUCUUGUUUUACAUGGACAGGCUCAGAGAAGUUAAGCAACUUGUCCAAGGUCACACAGUAGUGGAAUUGAGAUUGAAUCAGUUCCAACUGACUUGCAAUCUUGUGCUUUUCAGACGAUCCCACUAAUUGUCCAUAUCUGUUCCAAAGCCAAAUCAAGAGGAACAAGAGCAAAAUCUGUCCUCCCAUAUUAUUCAUGGUCCUGCGUGGAUCAUAAAUGGCAUGCUGACUGUCUGAUGGAGACUUACUUUUCCCUUCCCCCUGGACACCUGCUAUGGCAAUGACAGAGGCUGUAUUUUACUGAAGUGGAGGGAAGAGGUGAAUGCGAAUGCCUAGGGCCUAAGUAUACAGGAAGGUGUAGGGAGAGGUAAGCAGUGUGUAUGUGGAGGAGAUAGCGGACGUAAGCAGAGAGAAAUCAGAGAGCUUAGUUCUUCCUCUGGGGCGCACUUUGUGGUUAAUUAGGACAUGCAAAUGAGCUAGAAGCUCAUUUAAUAUCCUCCCUGACAUGUAGCCCCACCCCACCCUGCCCCACUUCCCUGGCAGGUACAAGGGCCACCUGAUUGGCCCAGGUAUCUGUGGAAGGUUCCACCUGCUUCUUUGUGGCCCAGGGAACAGAAAAGAGUCCCUGCUGGGCAUGGCUAGUGGGGCCGGCCUGGUCUCCCUCCUCCCUUUCUCUUCCCAACCUUUCAGACUUGGGACCUCUCUUUUCCCUCUCCCUCAGACACUUCCCUUGUGCCCCACCCCUCAGGGUGAUCUCUGAACCCAAACUUGCCCCAAAGAAAGUUGCUCUGUCCUCUCCACAUCCCCAUCUCCUCCCUAGGGCCUUGUUGGGGAGAGGCUCCUCCAUCUUUCCCAAGUCACACCAUCAUUUCCUAUGUGGUCUGGACAAGAGCAAGAGCACACCUUGUCCCCACCUUCUCCAGAGCAGCCAGAACCCACCUCAGGUGCCUUCCCCAUCCGGUGCAGUUAAGGCACUUCUGCCAGCACCAUGGUAUGAGCACUAGACUUGGAGUUAAGAUUUGAGAGCCCCCUCUGUCACUGUGGAAGCUUGAGCAUGUUGCUUGAUCUCUCUGAACCUUGUGUUUCUCAUCUGCGAAAGGUGAUAAUGUGGGGCUGCUGUGAGAUUUAAAGGACAUAAUGCACCUACGGUCCAAGCACUGCCUGGAAUACAGCAGAAGCUCAGCAGAUACUGGACAACCCAUCCCCUUAGUAGAGGCACUAACCAUGUGACCCAAGGCAAAAGUGCUUAAGAAAAAGUGCUUUCUCUGA